GUCGCUGGAAGGAUGAGUUUUUCAAACAAAGUUGUGAUCGUUACUGGGGCCAGUUCCGGUAUAGGAGCUGCAACGGCAAUUGCAUUUGUUAAGGAAGGUGCUAAUGUUGUAAUCGUCGGAAGAAAUGUACAGAAGCUACAAAGGGUUAAUGACGAAUGUGUUAAAGUAGGAAAAUUACCUCUAGUGAUAAGAGCAGAUGUAUCUAACGAUGAAGACUCGAAGAGGAUUAUUAAUGAAACCAUUGAAAAAUAUGGCCAAAUAGAUGUCCUCGUAAACAACGCAGGAAUAAUUGCAUUUGAUAGCAUUUUAGACGACAACAUCGUGUCGGUGUAUGAUUCCAUCAUGAAGACUAAUAUGCGAGCUGUAGUAAGCAUGACUCACUUAGCUGCUCCACAUUUAAUUAAAACAAAGGGUAAUAUUGUUAAUAUAUCAAGCGUAGCUGGGAAGAUAACGAUAAAAGAUUAUCAAAUGGUGUGCUAUAGUUCUUCGAAAGCAGCCUUGGAUCAUUUUACACGCCUUGUAGCAGCAGAGCUUGCUAAGUACGGUGUGAGAGUUAACGCAAUAAGUCCCGGACCUGUCAAAACUGAUAUUGCAAUUAACGCUGGUAUCGAUGUCUCCACGCUGUCGGAUGAAGAUGAAGCGCAAACAGUGGCUUUGGGAAGAAUAUCCGAACCGGAAGAAAUUGCAGAUCUGAUAUUGUUUGUAGCGAGCGACAAAGCUAAAGCAAUAACUGGAUCCGAUUACGUGACUGAUAAUGGAGCUAUGUUGGUGUAA